AUGAAUCAUGUUCAUCAAAAUGAACCAGUAGGUGGCUAUCAUAUCGAAUACGGCUACGAACAAAAAAAUUUUCCCGAUGAUUUCCUUCAUAAUAUUCGAGCGUCUCACAUACAUCAUCUGGAUAUCAACAACCCAUUAGCAAACAAAGCUCCCAUCGCUUUUUAUCCCAUAAAUUUAUUCCCGAAUCUCUUCGAGGUAGGGGAUGCGAGUAAUGCGAGUAUCGGUAGUGGAGAAGGUACAGGCGAAGAAGACGACGAUACCAACGGAAAAAAGAAUCAAAAAAAGAGAGGCAUAUUUCCCAAAGUAGCAACCAAUAUACUCAGAGCGUGGCUGUUUCAACAUUUAACGCAUCCUUACCCCUCGGAAGACCAGAAAAAGCAGCUAGCGCAGGAUACGGGCCUAACGAUACUCCAAGUUAAUAACUGGUUCAUCAACGCGAGGCGGAGAAUAGUACAGCCUAUGAUAGACCAGUCGAACAGAGCAGGUCCGAGCGGCGCGUACAGUCCCGACGGCACGAUGGGCUACAUGAUGGACGGGCAGCAGAUGAUGCACCGGCCGCCCGGCGAUCCCGCCUUCCACAACCAGUACGCGCACUACCCCGAAUACUACGGACACCAUCUGUGA